AUGAGGACUAGGGCAGUGAAUACUACAGCAACAAAUGAUGUUGCUUACAAGAUGAACAGUAUGAAUAAAGGUUUUGAAAAAGUGAACACAGCAAGUCCAAGUGAUUUCACUUACAACAUGGCUGGUGAGACACCUCUAGGGAGCAAUGGAGCUACAGUUGUUGAUAAUGAUGUGGAUUGGAAUGAAGCAAUUGAUGAUGAUAGUAGCAUUGAAGGGACUGAUGUCAAUUUGGACCUUGAAGAUGAAGACAUGUCAUUUUCUGAAGGAGAGGAAGAAAUUGGAAUUAAGUCAGGUUUUGCAAUCUUGAGACGUAAAAAUGAGAAGUCAAGGGUUACUGUUGUGUAUGCAGCACCUAGAUGUACUUGGAGGAUCCAUGCUUCACCUGCUGAUGGUGAAAUUACAUAUAUGAUUAAGUCAAUGUGUAAGGAGCAUCGAUGUUCUCGAGCAAAGGAAAAUAAAGACAUUAUAUCCAUUUGGAUUGCUUCUCAUCUUGCUACUCAAUUAAAGGCAGAUCCAGAUAUGAAAACAAGUGCAAUGGCUGCCUACUUCAUGGAAAAUUUUCAAGUUAAGAUCCCCUAUAUUACAUUGUAUAGAGCAAAAAAGAUAGUCAUUGGGGUCAAUGAAGAGAGUAAUGCCAACUCAUUUGCUAAGCUGCCCAGUUAUGGUGAGAUACUAAGGGAAAGAAAUCAGGGGAGCCUAUUUAAGCUACAAUUUCAUGAGAGGAAGGUCAUGUCAGAUCCUCCUAUAUUUGAGAGAGUGUUUGUAUACUUCAAAGCAUGUAUAAAUGGUUUUCUGAAGGGUUGCAGGCCAUUCAUUGGGGUUGAUGGUUGUCAACUCAAGGGUAUGUUUGGAGGGGUUCUUUUAUCUGCUAUAGCUAUAGAUGGAAAUAGAGGAUUGUUCCCUAUAGCUUAUGCUAUUGUUGAGUAUGAAUAUAAAGAUAAUUGGCUAUUUUUCUUAACCAAUCUAUAUGCUACUCUUUACACUGUCAUUGAUGACAUACCCAUCACAUUUAUGUCUGACAGAGAGAAGGCCAUCCAAUCAACAUUUUCACAAUGUCAGCAUAGAUGGUGUUGUAGGCAUCUUUAUCAGAACUUUCAGGGCACCUAUCAUGGGGUGUUACUUAGAAGGUUGUUUUGGUCAACAACUAAGGCAUCUACUCCAUUCAUGUUUGAGAAGGAAAUGAAUGAAACGAAGGCCAUUAAUAAAGAUGUUCAUGAUUGGUUGCUUAAAAAUCCACCAAAAAUGUGGUUCAGACAUGCGUUUGAUUUUAGAUGCAAGAGCGACCACAUAACAAAUAAUAUGACAGAAUCAUUUAAUCAGUGGAUUUCAUCUGUUAAGAGUAAACACAUUCUUAUUUUAAUUAAUGAGAUAAGGAAGCAGCUACUUGAAGUGGUGGAACCAAGAUAUCGGAUGUGUUGUAUCUAUACAGGGAAUAUCACGCCAAGGAUUCAAAAGAUGUUGACUGUUAUAAGGACUGAAUCUAGAUGGUGUAUAGUACUUGCAUCUGGAUUAGAUGAGUUUGAAGUAACAUAUUGCAAUUAUAGAUCAGUAGUUGAUUUGAAGAAACGUUCUUGUGGAUGCAAAAUCCAGGAUGCUACAGGUCUACCAUGUAAGCAUGCGGCUGCCUGUAUUGAAAACAAGAGGAAAGACUUGAAAACUUAUUGUGAUGAAUAA